AUGGAGACUUUAUUUCUGUGUGUCUGGGAUGACUACGCCGAAGAGCAUUUACAAUUCACCCAUGAUCCAUAUUACCAGGAAACCAAUGGGAAAUGUCAUAAAGUCAAGGCCCCAUUGGGAUGUACUCCACAAGAGAUUUCUGGGUGGAAAUCCAUCCAAAAAACUGCUUGGAAACACGACAGGUGUGCUUGUGGGUGUAUGCCGGUGGAUUGUGGGAUUGGCAAGGCCUCAUUGAUCACCAUCAUUCCUAUGGUGGGUCCAUUUCUCAUGUACGCUGUCCACGCCAAGUUGUUGGAACAUGCCAAUUCGCAACUUAAUGGAGGCAUUCCCCAAGGGUUAAUGGCCAAGAUGUACGGGAACAUUCUCUUUGACUUUCUCAUCACUUUGCCCCCGGUCCUUGGGGUGGUUUUCGGGUACUUGAACAGCUGCUCUACUAGGAAUGCUGCGAUAAUUCAUACACAUUUAAGGACGCUUUGUAAGUCCAGAGAAGACGCACAAACCAGGGCGAGGGAGGAAGGAGUUGGCUACAGUUACGGACAUCGGGUGGAGGAGAUCAGUAACGUCAAUGAUCGAUUUGAUGAGGGGACUUAUGGAAGAACCACCAACACCCAAAACACCAGGUCAAAGAAGCAGAAACAGUCCGAACAGAAGGUAGUUCGCGGUCAAUAUGAUCCGAUAGAUUAUCAUCAAGAGAUGGGGCAACAACAGUAG